ACUCAUUUAGUCUUGCUUAACUGAAGAAAUCACACGCAUUCCGCUGCAUCUGCAGAUUUAUAUCAUGCUACAACAGUCUUUCAUUGAUAACUUCUCUUAAGGAUUUUAUUAUUAAAAUUCACAAUAUAAUACAGUGGAUAUGAUGUCUUCUGCUUUAAUAUUGGUUCUUUGCAUUUGUACCUGGGUGUCAACUUCAGCAGGUCAGUGUUUGACCGGGAAUGAUAAUCCACCAACAACGAAUCAGGAUGCCCAGAAGAUUCUUGUGGACGGUCGCUUUGGAUUUGGCAUGGAUUCAUUGAAAAUAAUAUCCGAAAUUGUCACACAAGACAAUAUUUUCUUCAGUCCUCACAGCUUGCAUCAAGCUCUCAUGGUGGUAUACUUGGGAGCACGGGGUGCUACAGAAACUUCGCUCAAACAAGCACUGCACAUACCGACAGAAUUAUCCAAGGUUGAUGUACAGAGAUUUUAUGCCUUUGAAAAUACCUUGAAUCAAAUUCGGAAGGAGAAUUCGACUACGAAUUAUGAAUACGAAAUCGCAAAUCGAUUAUGGGUAAAAAAUAGUACAAGACUUAAGAGUUGCAUGUUGAGUAUUUUUGAUCAGGAAUUAGAAAAAGUUGAUUUCUGGUCAGAUCCUGAAGCUGCGCGAAAUAAAAUUAACCAAUGGGUGAGCGACAAGACCAAAGGCAAUAUACAGGACUUAAUUCCUUCUCAAGGUAUCACUCAAGAUACUGAUCUUGUACUCUCAAAUGCAGUAUAUUUUAAAGGUUUAUGGAAGAGCCGUUUUAAUCGUGAAAAUACGAAGAAGAGUAUUUUUUAUCAAGCUCAAAAUAAUGCUACUUUAGCAAGCUUUAUGUAUCAGAAAGGAACAUUCAAUCACAUGGUUUCUGAGGAGCUAGGAGCUCACGUUCUUCAGCUGCCGUACAUGGGUGAUGAAGUAUCCAUGUUUAUUUUUUUGCCACCAUUUGCUACUGCUCGAUCAUUACAAAGCAGUACACAGGAUGGCUUGAUUCAACUAAUUCAAAGAAUUUCAAGUACAGAAAGUGGCUUAAAGGAGUUACGCGAAAUCCUGGAUGAGGGAAUGCAAGCGAAACCAGUUGAGGUUCAAAUUCCAAAAUUUAGUCUCGAGCAAGAGCUUCCAAUGCUGCAACUCGCUUCGGGGUUGGGCAUUGAGGAGAUUUUAACUCCUAAUGGCGCUGAUUUACGUGGAUUCGUCGAGGACAAUGAAGAAAGUCUUCAUAUAGGAGACGCUGUACAUCGUGCUAAAAUAGAAAUUUCGGAAGAGGGCACAACUGCAGCUGCUGCUACAGCUUUGUUUAGCUUUAGAUCAAGUAGGCCUGAUGGGCCAGCAAUUUUUCAUGCUAAUCAUCCAUUUCUGUAUCUUAUCUACGAUCACUCAAAUCGUAAUAUUCUAUUCAAUGGAAUCUUUCGUAAGCCCAAGAAACCUGAUAAUGGUGGUGUAGUAUAAGAAUUAAAAAAUUAAUCAUUUAUUUGUA